AUGGCUUCCUCUUCCUCAUUCCAUUUUCUUCUCUUCUGCUGUCUUCUUGUCUCCAUUAUCUUCCUUUCCGCAGCCAAAACGACAUCGUUCCGACCCAAAGCUCUUGUUCUCCUGGUGACCAAGGACGCACCAACAAGCCAAUACCUUAUCCAAAUCAAACAAAGAACCCCUCUUGUCCCCGUCAAGCUCACUGUCAACCUUGGCGGCGAGUUCCUUUGGGUCGACUGUGAAAAGGGCUACGUCUCGUCGUCCUACAAGCCCGCCCGAUGCGGCUCGGCGCAGUGUAACCUGGCCUGGUCCAAGGCCGGCUGUGGUUGGUGCAACUCGCCGCCCAAACCAGGCUGCAACAACAACACAUGCUUCCUCUUUCCUAACAACCCUUUCAUCCGUACAAGCAACAGCGGAGAUUUAGGCUCCGAUGCCGUCGAAAUCCAAUCAACCAACGGAUUUAAUCCCGGAAGAGUGGUUUCUAUGCCGAAAGUUCUCUUCACUUGCGCUCCAACUUUUCUCUUGGAAGGCCUCGCUUCUGGGGUCACCGGAAUUGCAGGCCUUGGAAGGAGGAAGAUUGCACUUCCAGAUCAGUUCGCUUCUGCAUUCAGCUUCAACAGAAAAUUUGCUGUUUGUUUAAGCUCUUCAACGAGAUCCAAGGGUGUUAUAUUCUUUGGAAAUGAGCCCUAUGUUUUCCUUCCAAAUAUUGACAUCUCCAAAAAUCUUAUCUACACACCGUUGAUCCUCAGCCCGAUGCCUACUUCUGGCGUUUACUUCAAAGGCGAUACCUCCCCAGACUAUUUCAUCGGAGUAAAGGGCAUUAAGGUAAACGGCAAACCCGUGGCGGUGAAUACUAAACUCUUGUUCAUUGACAGCGAAGGUUAUGGUGGAACAAAGAUCAGCACCGUUGAUCCCUACACGUCGUUGGAAACAUCUAUAUACAAUGCCGUUGUUGAUGCUUUCAUUAAAGAGCUCGGAAACAAGGUUACUAGGGUUGCGGCAGUGGCUCCUUUCGGGGCGUGCUUCAGCUCGAAGAACAUCGGCAGCACGAGAGUCGGCCCGGCGGUGCCGACGAUCGACCUUGUGUUGCAGAACAAGAAUGUGUACUGGAGGAUUUUUGGAGCCAACUCCAUGGUUAGCGUAAGUAAGGAUGUUUUGUGCCUUGGAUUUGUUGAUGGUGGUCCGCUUCAUUUCGUUGAUGGGGGUGUGAAGUUCACUCCUACAGCCAUUGUGAUUGGUGGGCAUCAGAUUGAAGAAAAUCUUCUGCAGUUUGAUUUGGCUUAUUCUAGGCUUGGAUUUAGCUCUUCUUUGCUCCUCCGACAAACAACGUGCUCCAACUUCAACUUCACAUCCACUGCUUAGGGAAAUAUCAAAUUUCUCGUAGUUCCAUUGUUUUGUGUUGAAGUAGUAUUAUAGAAUUGCCACUAGCUUUACUUUAUGUGCUUGAUUUACGUUCUUAAUAAGGUGUCAUAAUUGUUAUUCCAUCUAGCGUGGGGCCAAAAGGAAAGUUGGCUACUUUGGUUGUAAUAAGAUAUCUGAGAG